UUUGACGACGUCAGAACCGAUCCAUCUCGUUCCCCCUCGCCCUCCUUCGAUCAGCCUGCCCCGCACAAGAAGCGCUCCAAAACCAAAUCAGUCUCGCGAAAAGCGCGUGGUGUCAUCGGUAAAGUGCGAGCACUCCAGCGCAUCGCUGCCGCCAAGAUGGCGUAUCCGUCCAUCAAGAUCGACACCAGCGUCUCGACUAAGCGCGGACUGCCCGAGAACGACGAUGCGGGCUUGGAUGUACUUGGUGCGGAUCAGGACAACCCUAAACUGGAGGCUGGAAACACGGAAGAUGUCCCGCCGUUCCUGUGCCAAACUGUCUCGGAGAUCCAUGACAAGUUCGAGGAUUUGGAAUGGUUGCAGCGCAUACGUCUGGCCGAAGGUCUGGCGGCCAAUAAUGAUCCUUCGCAUCAGUGGGCCUUAGAGACAGAUCCAAAGGUUAAAGAGCGAAAUCGGUAUUGUAACGUCCAGGCCUGGGCAAAUUGCCGAAUUCAUCUGCGCGUCGCCGAUGGCGAGUGUGAUUUCAUCAAUGCGUCUCCAAUCAUUCUCGAGGACUCGGUCACACGGGAAAGAAGAAAAUACAUAGCGACCCAGGGACCCAAACUUGGACAUCUCGCGGACUUUUGGCACAUGGUCUUUCAUGAGAGCCAGGAAGUCGGUGUUAUCGUAAUGCUUACCCAAACUUUCGAAGCUGGCCGGGAAAAGUGCGCUCAAUACUUCCCAUUGGACACGGAGCAGGCCUCGAUGGUACUGUCGACGGAUGAAUCGGACGUCUUCUUUGAUGAGAAUGAGCAAACAGAGCCUGGUGUUUUGGGCCGGGUUACCUUGCUGGAGUCGACAUUCGAUGCUAGAUCCCGUUCUGAAAUCCGCAAACUCGAGGUGGCCAUCGGUUCGGAGUCAAAGAUCGUCUGGCAUUUCCUUUUCGCUGGGUGGGCCGAUUACUCCAAGCCCGAGGGGAGUGAUCGCCAAGCCCUCCUCGAUUUGAUCAAGCUGUCAGCCUCCAAAUGCAACUCGGAUAAUCCGCGAAUUGUGCAUUGCAGCGCAGGCGUUGGUCGGACAGGAACUUUCAUUGCGCUUGACCAUUUGUUAUGCGAGCUUCAGUCAGGCCAGUUGUUGGACGUGGACGACCCGAUGGUGGAUCCCGUUUACGAGACUGUCAACCAGAUGCGUGAGCAACGCAUGAUGAUGGUCUACAACGAGAUGCAAAUGCAAUUCAUCUACGAAGUGCUCCGAGAACAAACUGAUCGGAAGCUGGGCAAGGUUCCAGAGUGGAACAUGGGCUCACCUAAUGGCAGUGAGGAACGUUCUGCUAAAGUCGCCAAGCUGAAUGAUCGAAGCCAUUACUUGCCAAGCUCCAAGCCGGAGUUGGAAGCUGUCCCAGAUCGUGUCCAUACCCCGACCAGAAGUCGGUCCGGUACGCCGGAUGUUUCUGAUAAUGAAUGA